UGAAUGAUCCCGGUCCCGUACUUACCACACAGCUGUCCUCUCAUUUUUUUCCUCCUCCCUCUCAUUUGUUACCUGUCAAACUUUUAGGUCUUGUUGGAAUUCCAGUAAAAGUCAUAGACACUUGAGGACAGCUGGAGAGGCUACCACCCGAGGAACAGCUUUGCAUGAAUCUGGCUUUCACCUGAUCGCUCUCACUGGUGUUGCUGGAUCCUCUGGACUGAGUGCUGCCUGCCUGGGCUGUGCAGCUGCCUUCCUCACAAACAGGAGCGAGUGCUGAGGACUUGUGCUCAGCGGGGGUUUAACAGGACGGGAAGCAAGCAGUCACCAUGCUGCGAGAAGCUGUAUCAAACCUUUUAAAAUUCCACAGUUAUCUCCUGUCCAGAACUGAUGCCCGAGUCAGAGACUACCCGCUCAUGCAGGGCCCCGUACAGAUGACCUCCAUCCUGUUGGCCUAUGUCUUCUUCUCACUGUACGUUGGACCUCGCCUGAUGGCGAACCGCAAGCCCUUCCGUCUCAACACGGCCAUGAUUGUCUACAACCUCAGCAUGGUUUUACUGAACGCCUACAUAGUGUAUGAGUUCAUGGCGUCUGGAUGGGCCACAACCUACACGUGGAGAUGUGAUCUUGUCGACACCUCAGACAGCCCACUGACUCUUCGGAUGAUUCGAGCGGCUUGGUUGUUUUAUUUUUCUAAAUACAUUGAACUCCUUGACACAGUAUUCUUUGUGCUGAGGAAGAAACAAAGCCAGAUCACAUUUCUCCACGUCUUCCAUCAUUCCGUCAUGCCCUGGUCGUGGUGGUGGGGCAUCACCUUGACCCCUGCUGCAGGAAUGGGCUCCUUCCACGCCAUGGUCAAUGCAACCAUCCACGUGAUCAUGUACUUCUACUACGGACUCUCUGCUGCAGGACCUCGCUUCCAGAAAUACCUGUGGUGGAAGAAGUACAUGACGGCCAUCCAGCUUAUACAGUUUGUCCUGGUGUCCAUCCACAUCAGCCAGUACUACUUCAUGGAAAAGUGCGACUACCAGGUUCCCCUUUGGAUUCACCUCAUUUGGAUGUAUGGCGUCUUCUUCUUCUUUCUCUUCUCCAACUUUUGGAUACAGGCCUACAUAAAGGGCAAGCGGCUACCUACCACAGAGAGCAACUCAAAACAGAACGGCUCAACCAGUGCACCCAUCACCGUGCUAGCAAAUGGGAAACACAUGGAGAAUGGGAAUGCGCACCACCACACCAACGGCAAAGUCCUCCUAGGCAAAGUAAAAGAAAUCUAACUUGGUGACUCUGGAAAGGAGGAGGAUGCUCUUUAGAGCUACUUAGAAUAUGUCAUUCAUCAUUCACACCUAGAAGCAUGUUGUAACGGCACGGAUUUCAAUAUGCUGCUUCUAAAUUUCAUAACUUCUAUUUAAGCUUAGAUUUUCUCAUGCACACUCGUUGGGAUAUGAAUGGCAUGUUACAUUUUGCCAGUGAGCUCUACUCUUCACACUGUGUUUGUUAGUUGUUGCGAAACUAUUAACUGUGAUGAACACUAUGAAUAUAUUUGGUGCUCAUUUGCUCACUGAUAGUAUUUGUCAACUCAGGCUUGACCCACACAAGCUUGGUCUGCACCGCCUACCAUUUAGCUGGCAUGACUUUGUUGCUUGGGAGUAUUGCACAGUUUUCACUGGCACAUAGAGAUAACGGCUACAGAAUUUCAUUGUAAAUGUAAAAUAUUUAGAUUUUGUUUCUGUUUUUAUUUAUCUUUUGAAAUAAAACACAUUUUAGAUAAAGGUCUGUGUCAUUUGGAAAGCAGUUAAGGUGUGCACUUUGUAAAAAAAAAAACAAAAAACAAACAUACCACACCUCAAUUUUUCAAUUUUAACAAUUGUGGAAAUGUUAUACUGUAUAUUACAGUAUUGAUGCAUUUUGCAUUUUUGCAAUUUUGGUAGUGACAUAUACACUGCUAUGCAUGUUCAUCCAUAUCCAGUUUUGAAACACUGUAUGACCUAUUCUCUCAGCACACUGUGCAUGAUGUUAAUAGCAAGAAAGUGCUUUCAAAGAAUUGAAUAUAAAGUUUGCUGUAGAUGGCUGUUUCUGAAUAUCACUGCAGGAUGUAUAUGUUGAUUGAUAAACCUACCAGUGUUUUUACUGUUGCUGUUGAUUACACAUGUGCACUGAUGACAGAGGAAGGAUGAUCUAGUUUUGAAGCACUGCUAGCCUUUGGAAAAAUUGGAUUUGAUAUUUGCCAGAAAAAUGAGAAUAGAUGUUUAGGUGUAUCCAGGAGCUGUUUGUAUGUAAUGCACAAUGUUCAAUAGAUUAACCUGUUUCUGACUUAAACAGAAAUAAAAACUCCAGAUGU